UUGUGCUCGCCAAUGUUGAAAGAACAGAAGGAAACAACUACCAACGAACCAAAGCUCUGAAAUUUGAAGCAAAACUCAGAGAGAGAGAGAGAGAGAUGGGAAGCACUAGCGGUGCUCUCAUUCCCCAGUUACAGCUCAACCUCAAGCUCAACAAUAAGAAGAGCUGCUUCGAUCGUCUUGGGUCUAACUCUGUCAGAACCCAGCUCAGCUCGGUUCAAGCCCAAAAUCCCAGGACCCCAAAUCCAAUACUGAGGCUGCGGACCCGGAGGAGCAAUUCUGGGACCGGAGUUUGCUUUGCCGUUGAUGACGAUUUGAGAGAGAAGCAGAUUGAGUUGGGUAGUGGAAACCUGUCUGGGAUUGGCUCCGCCGUUGAAGAUAGGCCUGAUGUUGCUGACAUUACAAGAGAAGAAACAUUAGAAAAUCUUGACCGAAAAAAUGGGGGAAGUCCAAUUUAUGAUUUUCUAUAUCCCGAGAAAGAGCUUCUUCCGGAUGAUAAAGAAAUGAGCUUAUUUGAUCAUCUCGAAGAGCUGCGUGAGAGACUUUUUAUAUCAGUUUUGGCAGUUGGAGGAGCCAUUGUGGGUUGCUUUGCAUAUUCUAAAGAUUUGAUAAUGAUUCUUGAAGCUCCAGUUAAAACACAGGGUGUAAGGUUCCUGCAGCUUGCUCCUGGCGAGUUUUUCUUCACAUCUCUAAAGGUAUCAGGAUACUGUGGCCUUCUCAUAGGAAGCCCUAUCAUCUUGUAUGAGAUUAUAGCAUUUGUUCUUCCAGGGUUAACAAAAUCAGAAAGAAGAUUUCUGGGGCCAAUUGUUUUAGGCUCCUCGGUACUUUUCUAUGCUGGAGUUGUCUUCUCCUACUUGGUUCUGGCACCAGCAGCAUUGACUUUUUUCGUUACUUAUGCGGAAGGGGUUGUGGAAUCCCUAUGGUCCAUUGAUCAGUACUUUGAGUUUAUCCUUAUUCUCAUGUUCAGCACAGGCUUGUCUUUCCAGGUUCCAGUUAUACAGUUCCUAUUGGGACAAGUAGGCCUUUUCACAGGAGACCAAAUGUUGUCGAUAUGGAGAUACGUCGUCGUUGGGGCGGUUGUGGUGGCCGCUGUGCUGACACCAUCAACUGAUCCCCUUACUCAGUGUCUUUUAGCAGCACCAUUACUUGGUCUCUACUUGGGUGGUGCUUGGAUGGUUAAGGUUACAGGGCGUUAAACAUUUGAAUGCAUGAUUGUUCCGAAGAGCCUUUGCCAGAUGGAGAGUCCAGAAAAAAAAUCAUGUAUAUUCAUAUCAUCAUGUAACAUAAAUAUCAGUUUUUCAUAGGGCAGAAGCUAAGCCACUCGUAUAAAUUUUCUGAAUUUAUUGAUUAUUGUAGACGUUUUCCAGUGAAAUAUACAGUUGUAGCGGUUCUCUAUCAGUACAAAAUCUCAGAAUGGAUUCAUUUUAAACAA